AGUGACGCAAAGGCGGCUUUGGUAACGGGCGGGAUUUUCAAAAUGGAGCCCCUCAAGGAAGGGGUUUCUCCCCGACCCCCGUAGCGGGGAGGGAGAGGCCUGCGGAGCGGCAACGGUGGCGAAAGAGACGCGCAUUACCCGGCCAUGUGGUAGCUUAUAGGAAAGGAAGAGAGUGACGCGGGGAAGAGCGAGCGCCGCCGCCGCCAUGGCGACCUGCAUCGGCGACAAGAUUGAGGUGCGGAAACGGCCAUUACGGGGUGGGUGGGGACCGAGCCAUUCGCGGCCUCGGGGGAGGGAGAGUUUGGGCCCAACCAUAUCUCAGUGGAGGGGGAAGCAGGGUUUGGUGUUGUUACAGGUGGUCCUGUCCAGCUUGCUGACUGGCGCUGCGUGAUGCUGGGCGGGGUUUCGCCUUACCAGCGACUUAAAACACUCGAUCCCUCCCACUUCGCUGGUUCAGGAUGAGGUCGCAUCUCUUUCCUCCCUUUUCCUUGGAUGGCACCACCAGGUUGCACAUCCCCUGCUUCUAUGCUGCCUCCGCUUUAAUGUCAUUAAGAGCUGCGUGGCAGGCAGAAAACCAACCUAUGCUUUAUUUUUACAAUGCCUUUGAUUUGUUUUGAUAUCUGUCUUCCGCUUUUCCAGCAACAAAUGCUGAGCUCAAAGCGGAUCACAAUAAUCACGGUGGCGUUAAAAAUGGGAAGUCUAAAUCUGUAGAAUUUGUACCCAUCUCAGUUUUUCAUGGUGUAGAAGCCCUGCCGGAAUAGACAGGCAGCUCUGCACUUUAACAUCUUUAAAUUUAAUGUCCUUUAGUGUAUGACUUAAAAAGAACAAGUUGUUCAUAGGGCUGAACUCUACACAACUCGAAUGUUUACCAUUAACCGAGGAUGUGUGUCUGUAGUUGAUGUGGGAAUUCUAAUCCGUGCUUGUAUAGAUUCUGUAGAACUAAGGUGUGGUAGCUAUUUUGGACUAGUUAACAAGGUUUAUAAAGGAUGAAUUUUGGUCCAUAUUAGCACUCUCACAACAUUAUUCUUAGUACUGUAUACGUGUCACCAUACUUCUACCUUGUAUGGUGUUCCCUCUGAACACAGUUGCCUGAAGAUGGUAUUUCUUAGUAACAGGUGACCAAGCAAAUGGUUAUGUGGUUUUAAUUGUAGCCUUUGUAAUGAUCAUCUGUGCAGCCUGUAAUUCUAGAAAGAGAUUGCAUCUACCCCUGAGAAAUUCUCAUUUGUAUCUAGUAAUUUUUUACUAUGAUAAAUAAGUGAACCAAUGUGCUUUGACAAACCAACAUGAAUAAUUUGAAACAUUACCAAAUUCUGCAGUGUUAAUUUUUAGCUCACAGAGCUCAGAUAAAAGGUCUACAAUUGCUACAAGUGUUGAAAACUUGCAUCUUUUGUAACAUUUUUUCUCACGGAAGCUUUGUUUACAUUCAAGGUCUGGCUGGUUGCCAGAUUGGGUUUGGAGCAUCUUACCCAAAUUUCCUCUAUUAGCGAGGCAUAAUUAGGGUACUCCCAUAAGUAUGCUUUGGAGGAAGUGUGUGCUAGAUUUCCACCCUUAAUCAUGUGAAAAAAGUAUCCACCUUGGCCUUCAAGAGAUUACAGCCUCAACACUAAAUUCAGAGGGAUUUUAAAUGUGUGUAGGAUAAGCCUGCAUGCUUGCAACCCUGUGCACACUUAUUAGAAAGUCAAACCUAUUGAACUUAAUGGGGCUUACUUUCAAGUGAGCAUAGAAGGAUCAAGCUGUAAGUAGUUAACAUGAAUUAAUCUUUAAAGUGUUCUCUGAAGUGUGUAGUGGUAAACUAUGGCCUGGCAAGUAUUAUGAUUUAUACUAAAAUGAUGGUUUCAACAGUAGGUUAUACUUUUAUUUGUGAUACACAUUUAAAAUAUGCUUAAUAUUUCAGGCAGGAAUUAACCAAACAAAACAGAUAUUGGAUUUUCCUUUUUUGUACUGCACAGUUGGGCACAUUAAUAAUCAUGCUAUUCAUGAUUAUUAAUGGUUGACUUCUACAGUUGGAGGCUGUAUGCUUAUGAAUACUAGUUGCUGGAAACCUCAGGAGGGGAGUGUCCUCUUGUGCUUGGGUUCUGCAUAUUGGCGACCCGCAGGUGUUUGGUUGACCACUGUGAGAACAGAAUGUUGGACUAGAUGGGCCAUUGGCCUAAUCUACCAGGCUCUUCUUAUGUUCCUAUGUUGAAGGAUCAGAAGUACUAAAAACACUUCACUGAGUUAGGGAAUAGAUUUAGAAUACAAGAAUAUAUGCUUGUGUUUGCUGUCACUUUGAGUUUUCGUGAUCAAUUUUUUGGGAAGAGAAUAGGGAGCAUUUGAGAUUCUCACAGAUGGGCUACAAGAAAAGCAAUUGUAAACUUGCCUGUAGAGUUUGUUUAUUUUGAUGAUGAUGACAGGAAAUAAGUGUUGAGAAAAGUUGACCUGUUUUACUUCAGGAAUAAAUAUUUAUGUACCCUUUUGGCCCGAAUAUAAACCACACUUUUUUCCAAAUUCUGACUGAAAAGUUAAAGUGUGCCUUAUAUUCGCAACCUAACGCCACCGGCAAAGCGGCACAGCUCUCCCCCCCCCCAUUCAGGGUGGUAGAGCCUUGAAUUUUAAAGGUGCGGCUUAUUUACAGGUGGGUCUUAUAUAGGGCCAAUAUGGUAUUUAUUCAUAUUCAUCAGUUAUGAAAACAUUGGCAGUGGGGGAAGGGGUAAUACAACCUCCAGAAAGUCCCAGCACAUGCUCUCUAUUUCCCCACUCCUACUUCAACUCCAAACCACCCAUCAUUUCCAAAUCAUUAGGUAACUUCGUAAGGUGAUAUGCAAACUAAUUAAAAUAUAUUAUCAGUCAUCCUCAUCACCGUAGUCUGGGGGUUGCCAAAUCAUGCAAACGAAAGAGGAUCUAUGUGGGUGCACACUUUUCUUUUUAUGUUGAUGGAGUAGAAAAGACAAAUCAGUUGGAAGGCAUGGUGCCCACAAAACACUCUCAAAAUUCCAAAUAUUUUGCUAGUCCCCUAAAGAAUGGCAAUAUAACAAUUUGCUUUAAUUCACGUACCUCAUGAUAUAAUCAUUGCCCCUAGAAAGGUGUUGGGAAGGUAGAUGCCAAAAUCUAAACUCCCCAGGCAGUUUUGAAAAUGCCACAUUUUUUUUGUAACAUAUGCAGAUAUCUAAAUCCUUUGAACCUUAGGACGUUAGUUUUUUGACACUAGCUCUUGGACUUCCACUACCCGCAAGGCUACAUAGGUACGGAAGUCCAGCCCUAUAGAAAACAUCCAUCGCUCUUAAAACGCAAAAUCGGUUUUUGUCACGGGGGCAAAGUUUCUAACCGCAAGCGCCUUGCGUUGAAGAAAGGAGAAACCCAGCUCGCUGGUAUUUCUUAAAAGUGGGGCGAAGCCUCUGCAGGACACCUUUCUUUUGCCAAGGAGUUUGCAAGCAGUUUAACGGUGCAGCCCUGUCCUUGCAAGCCCCGGACCGCUUGGGGGACCUUACUCCCUCUCGCGCGAAGAGGGGGCUAAGCAUUGCCGUUCUCGGCGGCGGCAACAGUAGGGCGGCGCGCGGGAUGCGCGGGCGGGGGGGCGCCUCCGCUCUGGCGUCUCUCCCCCGGGCCGUUUCCUUGGCGACGGGGGAUGGAAGCCGCGUCUCCCCCGGGAGCGGGAGAAAGCGCGGCAAGGCGAGAGCCGCCCGCGAGCCCCGGCGCCGCGAGCUCCUCAGUGGCUGCGAGCUCCUGGCAGCGCGAUGCCGCAGUGGCUGCUCAGUCUCCUGCUCUCUCCCGUGCCCAGCGCCGGCGCAGCCUCCGCAGCCGGCAUGUCCCAGUGCUCGCCUUGGGAGAGCUCCAUUCAGGUAAAGCCGCCUCCUGCCGCCGGCCGGUCUCUGCUGAGGAGCGCCUCUGCCGGAGCAUGCGCCGUCGGGGCGAGAGCGCGGCCAGGGCGCCCUUUAACUGGCCCUCAGGGCACUGAAGUGCUUUUCCCACCUGCAUCCUGAAAGGGGACAGGACGGUUUUUGAGGGGAGGGGGAGAAGUACGAGGAUUGCCCAAGGGAACCAGGUUUCAGCUGGGCAAAGCUGAAACACGUGGAAGAGCCUGUGUUUUUUGUAUCGUGUAAAAGUCAGAAACUGCAAGACUGAACUUGUAUGGUGUCGACACAUCUCUGUAUUUGCUUCCUUUUGCCCUACCUCUUAUAAUACAUUCAUGACCCUAGUCCAGAGAGAUGCGGAUUUCGAAGCAGGCUUUCUAGUAGUCUGUGAAAUAUGGCACUGCAGAGUGAUGGGAGCAAAACAUGGAUAAGGGUAGAUGAGGGGAGAGUUGGUAUGUGAAAGGUAUGAACAGGAUGCAUUUUUAAAAACAACUUUGGAGGUGGGAGGGAGAAGCAGCCUUAACCUCUUUCCUUUUAGUUGCAUUCUCAUACUAACCCCCACUGCAUUGGGAAGUAGAAGCAGUACUUUCCUCCCACACUUCAAGCUAGCCUCACAGUUUUCUCUUUAAAGUCUUUUUUGUUUCAGAACAGGGAUUAAUUUGAAUCAAGGUGACUCUUUAUAUCAGCUAUUUAAAUUACAAGGCAAGGGGAAAUUUCAUCACAUCUCUGCAAACAUUUCAGGGGGAAUUUUUUACAGGUAGCAUAUUAAAACAAGUAGAUGUUUGACAUCCCACACUAUCUCAGUAGCUCAUACGGAGCUGUCAGAUAGAAGGUGAGGAGGCAGUAAGAGCAGUGAACAUUGCAUUUUCUUUUUCAGGAUUUCAAGGUGGGGAACCUUCUGGGGAAGGGCUCCUUUGCAGGAGUCUACAGAGCCGUAUCCCUGAAAACAGGCCUAGAAGUUGCCAUCAAAAUGGUAAGUUGCCAUUGGAUCAGAUACCAAAGUAACUGAAUUUAGCCAGAAUAUAGGAUACCAAGCUGCUGGGUAAGCUAAUAAAUGCAAUAUUUUACUUUCUAACUUACUCCUUAUGUUCUCACAACUUGUUAGUUCCUGAUUUCUGUUGUUCACCUAUCAAUUUGAAUCCCAGGCUGCAAAGGUUUUCUCCAUAUAGCACUUGCCCUAUACUUGACUGUGCAAACACAUAAACCAGUCCAGUCUUUUAAGCACUUAACAUCUGAAGUGCUUCAUCUGCCAAACUCCUCAGCACAGAUGAUUGUUUUUAGUAUAGAAUAGCUUUCAGGGUCAAGGCACAUUAUAAUGUGAAAUUAGACGUGUCUUUUGCACACUGAAUAUGUUGAGUCUUAUGUUUUGUUUUUGUGAAAAUAAUAAAUAGCAGCAGAGGGGGGAAAUUAGGAUUGGGACCUUAGUAUAAGGGGAGAUUUUUUUAAAAUGGUAUCAACGGCAGCAAGAGAACAGCAUUUUUAAUUAAGAUCACAGCACAAGUGCUAAGAAUUUUGUUUGUUUUUUACAUAUCCACCUGCACUAUGGUCCCAAUCCUGAUUCUGAACUGUGUGGUUUCUAAUUUGUGACCCUCCAGAUGUUAUGGACUCCAACUCCCAUCAGUCCCAGUCAGCAUGGCCAACAGUCAGGAAUGAUGGGAAUUACAGUUCAAUAUCUGAAGUGUUGCAGGCUAGCCACCUCUGAUUAAAAACAAAACAAAACAAAACUGAAGAGUAAACCAUGCUUUUAAAAUACUGUGUAGUAGUUUGGCCAUUAGUCAGUAUUUGUUGAGAAAGUUCAAUAUAUAUCUGUAGGGAUAUAAUACAACAUUUAAACCCCAUUGCUAUGUUUAUUUGGAAGCAAGUCCCAUUUUAUUUAGUUGGGCUUACUUUCUAGGCUGGUGUCAAGCAGAUUUCUGAAGAAUUGUUAUCUAUACAUGAGACUAAAGCAAGCUAGACAUACCUGAAAUAAUGGUAUUAGUAUAAAAUGUAACAAUAAACUCUUUCCAACCCUCGUUUAGCUUAAAUCUAUUCCUGAAUUAUUUUUAUUUUUAAAAAAUCUUUACUUUUAUGUGUGUAUGAGAUUAAUUUUAAAAAGAAAAUCUUUUCAGAUUGACAAAAAGGCUAUGCACAAAGCUGGAAUGGUGCAAAGAGUUCAAAAUGAAGUGAAGAUACAUUGUCAACUAAAACAUCCCUCUAUACUUGAGGUAAGAAUUUACACUAAGAACUUGAUAUGCUGAUAACUAAACUUUGAUGUAUAUUAAAACUAGUUUUCAUUUUUCUAGUUGUAUAACUACUUUGAAGAUAGGAACUACGUGUACCUGAUACUAGAGAUGUGUCACAAUGGGGAAAUGAGCAGAUAUUUAAAGAACAGAAAGACCCGUUUCUCUGAAGAAGAAGGUAAGGCUGAAAUAUUGCUUAUUGUUGCACCUUGAAGCAGUCUUUCCAUCAAGUAAUUAGAUUGGAAUCCACCCAGGGCUUGGACAUAGCCAAUGAGAUUAUUUUUCUUAAGACAUAGUGGUCUGUAAGACCUUGCUUUUGAAAGUCACCCAAUCUUGUAGAGUUUGUUGUGCAGUUAUUUAUCAAUUUUAAAGGGGUGUAAUAUGCUUCUUACAUAUCAGCAGAGGGGGCACUCUUGGUAGUUCCUCUGCCCUCAGAGGCUUGGGUGAUAUAUAUGUGUGUGUGGCAUUUCCUUGGGCAGAGACUGGCAAAUGCAAUAUUAUUAUACUAAAAUUAGGGGUGUGUUUGAGCACUUCUCAAAUGGUUUGCUGUGUGUUUUGGGUCAUUGUCAUUCUGGAAUACCCAUCCGCGACCCAUUUUCAAUGCCCUGGCUGAGGGAAGGAGGUGCUCACCCAAGAUUUGACGGUACAUGGUCCUGUCCAUCAUCCCUUCGAUGGGGUGAAGGUGUCUUGUCCCUUUAGCAGAAUAACACCCCCAAAGCAUCAUAUGUCCCCCUCCAUGUUUGACGGUUGGGAUGGUGUUCUUGGGGUCGUAGGCAGCAUUCCUCCUCCUCCAAACACGGCAAGUUGAAUUGAUGCCAAAGAGCUCAAUUUUGGUCUCAUCUGACCACAACACUUUCACCCAGUUCUCCUCUGGGUCAUUCAGAUGUGCAUGGGCACACUGCAGACAGGCCUGUACAUGUGCUGUCUUGAGCAAGGGGAUCUUGCAGGCUCUACAAGAUCUCAGUCCUUCACGGUGUAGUGUGUUACCAACUGUUUUCAUGGUGACUAUGGUCCCAGCUGCCCUGAGAUCAUUGACAAGUUCCCCCUGUGUAGUUCUGGGCUGCUUCAUCACCAUUCUCAUGAUCAUUGCAACUCCAUGAGAUGAGAUCUUGCAUGGAGCCCCAGACCGAGGGAGGUUCCGACAGUUAUUUUGUGUUUCUUUCAUUUGCGAAUUAUUGCACCAACUGUUGUCACCUUCUCCCCAAGCUGCUUGGCCAUAGUCCAGUCCAGUCUUGUGCAGGUCUACAUUCUUGUCCCUGACAUCCUUGGAUAGUUCUUUGGUCUUGGUCAUGGUGGCUACUUUGGAAUCUGCUGGAUUGAUUGCUUCUGCUGACAGGUGUCUUUUGUGCUUCUAAUCUUAGCUCAUUACAUACAGUGAAGAUACCAGGUAGCCUGACAUCUGGCUGGCUGAUAGGGGAUCAAAUACUUAUUUCACUCAUUAUAAUGCACAUCAAUCUCUGACUUUUGUCUUCUGGGUUCCUGGGGGUUUUCCUGUUGUUAUUCUGUCUCUCACAGCUACAAUAAACCUACCAUUAAAAUUAUGGACUGGUUAUUUCUUUGUCAGAGGGCAAACAGGCAAAUUUAGCAGGGGCUCAAAUACUUUCCCCCCUCACUGUAGAUUCAUUUGUAAGUUUCAUUAGUUGCUUAAGUAUGAAUUUCUGAGCUGCAAUAAUAAUUGAAUCUACUAGUUAUAAGAAGUAGGUGGUGAGCAUGUUUAAAGACAAAAUAGCAAAAAUGUUUCUUAACACCCGUCUUCCUUUUUUUAUUUCAUAUAGUUCGGAACUUCAUGCACCAGAUUAUUACAGGGAUGUUAUAUCUUCAUUCCCAUGGAAUAUUACACCGGGACCUUACACUCUCUAAUCUUUUACUCACCAACAAUAUGAACAUCAAGAUUGCUGACUUUGGACUUGCAACCCAACUGACAAUGCCUCAUGAAAAGCAUUACACAAUGUGUGGGACUCCUAAUUACAUUUCUCCAGAAAUAGCCACAAGAAGUGCGCAUGGGCUUGAGUCUGAUGUCUGGUCCUUGGGCUGCAUGCUCUUUACUCUUCUGGCCGGAAGACCACCUUUUGAUACUGAUACGGUAAAGAACACCUUGAACAAAGUGGUGCUGGCAGAUUAUGAAAUGCCAGUGUUUUUGUCAGAAGAGGCUCAAAACCUUAUUCACCAGUUGCUUCGCAAAAAUCCAGCAGAUCGUUUAAGCCUUUCAUCCGUAUUGGAUCAUCCUUUUAUGUCCAGGUGUAGCUCAGCAAGAAGCAAAGAUUCAGGAACUGUAGAGGAUUCAAUGGACAGUGGAAAUGCCACCAUUUCUACUGCUUCUACUGCCUCUCCCAGUGUCAGUACAAGUGGCUGCUUAAAGGAGAAGAAAAGACUUCUAGGGGGUCAGCCACUUCCCAACAAAAUGACCAUUCUUCCUAAAAAUAAGAAUGCCAGUGAAGUCUCAUCUGGCUAUGGAAGUAGUUCCCAUAACAACUGGGGACUCCCAGUAAAAGAAAUGGGAAAUACUGGUAGGGGAAGAGCAAUGCAGCUGAUUGAAGAAAGACCGCAUUCGCGCUACCUCAGGAGAGCACACUCCUCUGAAAGAUCCGGCACAUCCCAUAGUCAGAGUCAAGGAGUACUGAAUAAUGUGGAGAGAUGCCAUUCCCUGGAAAUCCUCUCAAAGUCCAGAGGAGGACUAAUAGGAAACAGGAAGGAUUUUUCACCUGCAAAUAGCCAUGGUGAUAUUCCUACUGUAUUUAAAGAAAAAUUUCCGACCAGCUCUGGCUCAAUGGAAAAGAAUCUGUCUCCACCUGUGAAAGAUCAAGCUCAGUAAGAAUUGUUCUUAUAUAUCUCUGUUUUUUGAGUGCAUCAUGUAAAAUUGGUUCCCCUAUAAUAUAAUGACCUUGUCUGGAUGGAAUACCAAAAUGUGAUAUUACAUAAAUGAGUCUUGGUCUCAUCAGCUGCACCCUUUCCUUUCUUCUAGCACAUCUGUGAGGACAUCAGAAACGUUCAGUUUUUGCCUGCAGUCUGGCAUAUCUCGGAUUAAUUAUUCACAAACUGUGAUUAAUUUUAACCAUGGAAAUGAACCUACUUUAAACUCUGGCUUACAAAUUUAGCUUGUUUCAUUUUAGUACACCAUAACUAAGAUUAAACACAAUUCUGGAUUUGUACGUAACACUAAACUGUGGUGAACUGAAAACAAAAACAAGCAUUGAUCUCCUUUUAAAUACUCCAUGCAUGAGGGGUUGGGAGUGAUCUCUAAUGCUUGCAUACAUAAUUAUUUCCCAGUCAUCUAUGUAAAAGGCACAAGGGUGCUGGUGGCAACAGAAAGUCGGAGCCAGAGCCUAUGUGACCAAAGGAAAUAUGUAUUUAGCUGUGCAGAUAAGUGGACUGCAGAAGGGGGAGGGAUUCGACUCAUGGCUUUAAAAAAUAAAGUCUAGCUUUCAUAUAUAGUCCUGUUCCUGAUAGGCUGCUUGUGCAUCCAAAGGACUCAGAAUGUCUACUGUAGUCAAGCCAAUGAGUUAUUUCUCGCUCCUAUCUUGUAAGUGACAAAUGGACUGGGAAAAGUUCUAGCUAAGUUCUAAAAUACAGUGGGGCUCAUUUUGCAUGUAGCCGUGGAUCAUUAUAGCUUAGAACUGGCCUCCAUUUAUUCUCAGCUAUUAACUUAAUACUAUGAAAUUCCUUUAAACUAAGAAAUUAAAAAUAAUCUCUAAUUUUACAUAUUGUCAUUUGAGUAUAAGAAACUGAUACUGAAAAAUUGCAAGUUGUCUCAGUACAAAGUGUUCGCCUAUAGUAGUUUAAAAUAUUAGGACUAUGUAGUAGAAAAAAACCUGUUAUUUAUAUCAUGUAGUGAUACAAUAUGGGACGUGGGUGGCACUUUGGUCUAAACCACAGAGCCUAGGGCUUGCCGAUCAAAAGGUUGGCAGUUCGAAUCCCCGCAACGGGGUAAGCUCUCGUUGCUUGGUCCCUGCUCCUGCCAACCUAGCAGUUCGAAAGCAUGUCAAAGUGCAAGUAGAUAAAUAGUACCACUCCGGCGGGACGGUAAACGGCAUUUCCGUGCGCUGCUUUGGUUUGCCAGAAGCAGCUUAGUCAUGCUGGCCACAUGACCCGGAAGCUGUACGCCAGCUCCCUUGGCCAGUAAAGCGAGAUGAGUGCCGCAACCCCAGAGUCGUCCGUGACUGGACCUAAUGGUCAGGGGUCCCUUUACCCUUAGUGAUACAAUAUGUUCCACAAAUAGAACUUAAUCUAUGAUCAAUAAGUUAUUUGUGUCCAUAUUUAUGAAGUGUACUUAUGAAUAAUUCUUUGUCUUUAGUUCAAAUUAUCUCUGUCCAAUGAAGCCCAGCGUUGGUUUAUUAGAACCGAAGUCCCAAGCUGAAACAAUGCAGCAGUGGCUUGGAAAUAUGCAACUAAAUGGUAUGGAUUUAUUUAAUGAGAGUGUUUUAUUGCCUGUGUUGGACACAUUGAAUUCUCAAAGGAUACCAUUCCUAUCAGUAGAGCUUAUAUAGGUACACUGUGUGUCCAUCCAAGGAUAAUGUUUUUAACUGAGAGAUUAACUUAGAAGUAAUUCCAUGUGAAGAUGAACUUUAGAUAAUGAAAUGUGUUAUGUAUUGUGGAAGGGUUGGUGCCCUCCAGAUGUUGGACUCCCAACUCCCAUCAGCCCCAGGCUGCAUGGCCAAUAAUCAGGAUGCUGGGAGUUGUGGUCCAGCAGUAUCUGAGUAGCCAUAAUGUGUGUGUAUGUAAGUGUGUGUUUUAUUUGGGGCAUGUUCUCUGAAGGAAUCUUUGAGUAUUUUAAGCCCAGCUUGGUCAUUAAGCACCCUCUACAUUUAAUAAUUAUGGGAGUUGCCUUGGAUUCCCCCCGUACUUUUCUCAGUCCCUCUUCAUACAUAAAUACCACUUGAAGGAACAUGCUGUGGUGAUGGAUAAUGCUGCAGAACUCCCUAGUCCUACCACCUUUUCCUGAGCCCCACUGUAUAUUAUGUAAUGUCAAGCCCAUGUUUGCCAUCACGUUUUCAUAAAGAUACAAUCCAAGUUUCCAGACAAGUGCACUGUUUGAAUUCAGAUGUUCCACCUUUAUGUGCAUAGAUGAAAAAUUGGGCAGAUGGACCUCAGCUGUAACCUGUGUAGUAAUUCUAUGAAAGGUAGAUAUCUUAGUGUAGAGGGUUAAUUGUGUCCAACAAGUCAUAAAUCAUGGUUUGGGUUAUGCUAAGAGCCCUUUCCCCUUUUGUCACCUCCAAUUGCUACAACUAAGGCUAGCUCUUAACUUGACUAACAACAGAAGAAGCUCCUAACUAUGUUGUGAAGGAAUAUUUAUUUAAGAAACACGUAUUCCAGUAGUCUGUUCAAAAGUUUAUUUUGGUAAGCUGUCUAAAGUUAUCUGUCCUUACUAAGAAGGCAAAAUGCAAACAUCUAUAUUUGCACGUUUAGGGAUGGAUCGUGACACUGCAUUUUCUGGGUCUACCGGAUAUCCACACGUUGAAAGUUAUGUUAAGAUGGGAACAUGGAUACCUGUGUUUAGGCUCAGUAUAGAAUUCUUACCCCUCAAACUGGAACGAUAACAAUUGUGACGAUCUGCAUGUAUUGGGCUCUGUGAACUGGCACGAUCUUGAUCCUGUGUGUAGGUGGAGAACAUCUGUCUAGCGCUAAUAACUGAUAAUAAAUUAUCUGUGUAGAGAGAUCAAGGAUGAAAACAGCAACUGCUUAUUAUAUAAACAUUGCUGCAGAAGGGAGGGUAGAAAGAAGAACAGGGCCAUAAGGGAAGGAGGAGCUUUUGUUCUCCUGCAUCAAAUUACUUCAUUUAGUGAAAGAGCACUGAAUGUAGCUGUAAUUUAGCCAAGGAUUACUUAAAUCUUCUCAGACAUUUUCUUUUGUUUUGAAUUACCAGGAAUGCUUUGGGGAAUUGUCACCAUAGGACACACAGUUGGGAUUAUUUGAAUCCUCAAGCAAUUUUCUUCUUAAUUUUUGCUUUUAAUUGCUUCUGUACUUAGACAGAAGGUGCAUAUGAUAUUUCAUGCACUUUACCAAGACAGACGUGGUGCUGCUUUUUGAUACCAUCCCAAAUGCUUUAUUUAACCACUCCCAGUCCAUCUGUUUGCAUGGGAAGAACCCGUAACAUGAUGUUUAAUCUCUUUCAGUAGAGUUAAAUUUAAGCAAGCUUAAACCAGUUUUCUAGUAAAUAGUAAAGGAAGUUGUUGCUAUUAACAUCGGUUACAAACAAUUCAGAAAAGUUGGUUAUGUGCCACAAUACUUAGCUUCUCAUACAUACAACAGUAACUUUCCCAGGGUGUAAACAUUGUCAAAAAUGAUGUGAUGCUUUCCUAGCCUCAUUUAUAGUUAGAGACAUAACAUUUUUCUCCUGUAAAAACUAGGAAGAAUCCUGUAAUGCAUUUUCUAAAUCAUUAAAAUAUCCCUUUGCUGCUUCAGCUCAGAUGCAGGAACCUUUAUAUGACAGUAGUAUUAAGAACACAAGUGGAGAUUUUCGAUUCCAUCUUGGUGUGCCUCAAGAAACACUGAAAAAUGCAUGGAAUGGCUUAAAAUGCAGAAGGCCCCCUGAAUCUGCACAACCAACAGCACCAGCUGUAGGGCCACUGGACACAGGGAAAUACACUGCUGAGAAGGCUCUGCCAGCACCUGCAUUUGGUCUCCAUCUAGCAUCUGAAAGCAGAAGGAAUGGGGGCAAAGAGCGACAAUAUGGACAUCCGAAACCUGCACUGCAAAGUGUUGUAUCACCUCUGAAUGCUCACAGACUAAAGCCAAUUAGGCAAAAAACAAAAAAUGCAGUGGUAUGUACUGUACUAUAUUUCAAAAUAAUGAAUUGCAGUGACAAUUUUAUAAAAAUUGAGCUCUUCCACAUUUUUAAAUACCUACCAACUAUCACAACAUGAACCAAUUAACUUGACUGGUGUUAAUCUUCUCAGGUGACAAGAACUAUAACAUUUCUUCAUUUUCAAAGAUGCACACCUCUAUUAAUAGACCACCCCAGUCUGGCUUGCAAGGCAGUCAUCCGAUUCUGAUCCAGCUUCCAUGAGAUACCCCACAAAGGGCCAUGGGAACACUGACCCCAGUCCCUUGUAGGAUAGCUUAUUAAAGCUGGUUUUCUAGCGAUCAGAUGAGAAACGGCUGGCUCUGCUUUGCUUGCCAGGAAUUGGCUCUUACAGCAAUACAACUAAAUUGAAUGCAGUGGACUGGGUUGUUUAUAGAAUGGCUUUGGUGUGAUCCAGUCAAGAAGCAACCGCCAUGGCAAGAAUGCUGAUGACUGCUACUUCGGCAUUUGCAGUAAGGCUGUAGUUGUGAAUUAGUGCAACGUGGGUUUUAGUGACCUCUCCAGUUCCCACCUUUACUUGAGCAACACCUGAUUGGAAGAAGCCUUGCUCAGGUGCCUUUGAACGUUUGGUCCCAGAUAAUAAGAAGGGAAGUAAGUAAGGGUAAUAUAGUCUGUUGGUCCUUAUUCUGUUGCAAAGUAUGCAGGUUUUUAAUAAAAAUCUCUUAGCAGUCAUGAAAUAGUAUCUUACCUACUUCCAGUAUGUAUGUCAUUUUUUUGUCAUCAACAUAAAUGUACACUGUCAGAUUUUAGUUCAGUUAUUGGACUUAAAAGACUUCUAGUCAAUUCUUAAUUUUUUUUACUGUACUAGGUUUCCUUUCCAGUAUGUAUCAUAUCUCAUUCUAUUGUGUUUCCCUCUUUUGCUUUUGUUUUCAUGGUAUUGUUUUCCCUUUGAUCCUCCCAUUUCUUUCUCCUAGUAUUUGUAAAUCCAGUGAGGUUGGAACACCCUCACAAAUCCUCAGCAGCCUAAUAGUUUUUCAGUCACACUGCAAAUAGUACCUCCUCUGUUCAGGCUUAAAGCACUCAACAAGGAGCACAAAAACAAGUUCUUUACUUCACUGCAGUAUUUUAGUUCAUUUUGAUGUAAAUGGUGGGGAAAGGAGGGGGCAUUUAUAUUGGAUUGCUUCAGAAGUUAUUUAGGCUGUGUUCUGUUUUCAAUUUACAUUCUAGGUGAGUAUUCUAGAUGCAGGAGAAGUAUAUAUGGAAUUUCUAAAAGAAUAUAAUUCGCAAGAGUUUGUAAAAGAAGUUCUGAGGAUAUCUUGUGAUGGAAGUGCAGUGAGUAUUAAUUUUUUAUUUAUUCUAACUUCAUCGGCAGUAUUGAAAUGAUGUGUUUAUGCCAAUAUUACUAAGGUGUAAUAUGCCUCAUCACACUGGAAUAUAAGCUUGUUUCACUGAUUUUUUGCUUCUGGAAAUCAAGUAGAUUUUUUUUUCAGAACUUUGUAUGUACAUAUUAACACAGAGCCCUCCUUUAUGCUAAAUGCCUAUACGUCAAGCAUGUGUGAAAUCUGAAGCGUCCAGUGUAGUUUAAAUAACUGACUUAAUUUUGCUAUGAUUACUCAUUUUCUGGUAAAAUUGCUGGCACAAUUCCAUGAAAGAGUGAAAGGCAUUUGUUUUUACUAAUUACUUCUGUCUUUAGAAGCACUGAUCUAACUAAAAUAUCUGUACCUGUAAAAGCUGCAGAUAAUCUUGCUUAGUGAGGAUAGGAAACUGUUCUUUUUUGAGGAAAUGAAGACUUUAGACAUGACACAUGCCAGAUUCAAAUUUUCAGUAUCCUGUAGUGCAUUAACAACUUGUUCAUUUUCCAGAAAGAAGCAUUAAACAAAUAACUCUUUGGCUAUGAGAUUGUGUUUUUUCUGUGUAUUAAGGUCACAGUUUACCACCCAAAUGAAGGAAAAGGCAUCCCUCUGAAUAAUAGACCCCCACCACCUCCUGAGGACUCAAAUAUAUAUAGUUUUGGCAACUUGCCAGGUAAGGUGCAUUUCUAUGGGCCCAUUCAGAAACAGUGGCAAGGAGCCAAACAACCUGGGGUGGGUGUGGGUGAGCUUAUGUUUCUUAGCCUCCCAUGCAACAUAAAUAACUAUUUCUGAAAAUGAGAAGAAAUCCAAAAGCAGCAUGUGACAGAGGUUUGUUGUUCAAACAAAUAAAUGAACAAGGAAAGCUCCCUUUGUAAUUCUUUGGAUAUUCGCCAGUAAUUACAGGUUGGAUGCAAACACUUCGGCCAGUGCAAAGGGGAAAAGCUAUUUUCAGCAGUUCUUUGUUUUGCCUGUGUUCCCUGAAAAGCUGCUCUAGGGUUUGGGGGACCUUGCAAAAUAGUACGGGAAGUAGUGCUGGGAGCUGCAGAAGGAAAGAUAGGUGAGCAAAGAAUCCCCCCUUCCUCCAAUGGAUCAGGAUCCAAUUGCAGUGUGGAUCCAACCCUAUAUACGGAUGUUGUUCUAGUAAUUAUGUUUCCCUUCACUAUCAGAAUAUCAUAGGUAUUACAGAUGCAUUAAACUUCCAUGUAGUGAUUUGAAUUAAAAUAUUCAAAUUACUGAAAUUCUUAUACUUCAUGUGCCAUGUAAGCUUAUUGCCCUAACUUGCAGUGGUUGAUAGAUUUAUGUUUGUUUGUUUUUAAUUUUUCAUUAAUAACAAUCUAAUGGAGGCCACAUUAAUACAAUACCAAAUCAUAAUACAAUUUUAAAAAACCAAUUAAUCAGUUCCAAAUUCAAUGUUUUUGGAUGACUUGCUGUGUUCCAGCUAUCAGGAGUUGGUGUUAUUCCUUAGUCCUGCUCCAAUUCACUGUUUGUUACAUAUUCAUUUUAGAGAAGUACUGGAAAAAGUAUCAGUAUGCUGCCAAAUUUGUGCAGUUGGUAAGAUCCAAAACUCCCAAAGUCACCUUCUAUACAAGAUAUGCCAAGUGUAUGUUGAUGGAAAACUCCCCUCCUGCAGAUGUGGAAAUUUGUUUUUAUGAUGGUAUGUAUCCUUAAGCUGUUUUCUACAUAUCCCUUUAGCCAUUACAUUGCAUUAAAUUAUUAGCCAACUGUUAGGGCAUUUUAAAACCUAAUAGAGAUUUAGUUUAGUUUAAUUUUUUUUAUUUUAAAUAACUCUUUCCUAUUAUCAUAUACCACAUAAAAAUUGUAUACUUCAAAAAAUCCUAAUUUGAAAUGUAACACAUAUGGCAUUAUUAUUAGGAGGAAACUACAUUCUUCUAAUACUUUGUUUUAUUGAUGAUUAAAUGUAAAUAUUAAGAACAAAUUGAAAAUCCAAAAAUUAUAUGAGUUGUAGCAGAUAGCACUUCUUCUUAACACACUCAAGUCAGUGAUAAUUGUAUUUGAACUGUAGGUAGUUGUUAAGUGCAAUCUCCUGUUUACUAGUUUACUUCUGCUAGAGUGUGAUCAUAUUGUCAAUGUAUGUGUACCCGAGGUAAUAUGUUUUUGUUUUUUAUAGGGGCAAAAAUCCACAAGACAGCGGGCGUAAUUAGAGUAAUAGAAAAAUCUGGAAAAGCCUACACUAUAAAAGAGGAGAGUAAAAUUGGUUUAGAAAAGGAUAUACAAAUAUAUGUGGAUCAUGCAAAUGAGGUAAAUAUUAUUUGUAAUGUUUCAGUGGGUGUGAUGCACAUGGGUAAGUGAUUCCAAAUGGCAAAUUAGCAGACUGUGAUUCCUUUUAUUGUUCCAAAUACGUGACUGAUUUUGAAAGGUUCCUAUGAAAUUGAGGGGUGUGGAGAUCAAGGAAAUGUUAUGGAUUGAACUUUAUACUGUUUAACAUUGAUCAUACUCCAUGUCAUACAAUAGGAAGGUUAAAAAAAACCCCUGUACCUUUUAAUUUAGCACAAUACAUCAAUGUUUUCUUCGUUGCCUCUGCCCACUGUCCCCGAGUAUUGAAUUCCUGCCCUUUUUGAAAGUGUUAGCAUGUUUUAAUGCAAGUUUUCUAUUUUUCAAUAUAGGGACAUCACAUUUGUCUUGCACUGGAAUCUGCAAUUUUGGCAGAAGAAAGAAAUGGAAGUGUUCCAUUUUUCCCCAUUAUUGUUGGGCGGUAAGCAGCCUCUUGUAUUAUUAUUUUUUUCAGUUGCUUCUCACUCUCCACGUGAAAUUUUUAGUUUGUGCCUUUUGAUAUUCUUAGUGGAAGUUGGAAAGUUUAAAUAUGUGACCAUAAUUCUUCCAUUACCAGGAAACCAGGAAAUCCUGAGUCUCCAAAGGCUUUAGUGCUCCCUCCCACUUUGCCAGAUACAAGCCCUUCUUUGGCGGAAAUAGCCUUGAUGAAGAGAGAUACUGCCACCAGCUCUGAUGCUUCAAGUGAAGUGCCUAACAUUAAUCCCCCGGUAAGUACAUGAGUGUGUAGUUCUUGCUUUUAUUGGAGCCCUAAGAAACACUAUGCUGGAAGGCUAAAUUUAACCUGUCAAGUAAAUAAAAAAGUUUAAGAUGAGUAGAGCCAAUUGUAUUGGGUUGUUGCAUAUUUUAAUUAGGUAGGUCUGAAACCCAAGUCAGGUAUGGUACACCCAAGGAAGGUCACCAUUUAAACACUGAAGUAUAUCAUGGCUUUAUGGCUCACAACUGCUAUUUUCAUAAUUAUAUUCCAGAUAUCGGCAUAUGAAGGAUCUGCAUUUACAUCAGCAACAACUGAAUCAAGGAGCACCCUAAGUCACCCAAAUGAGAGUGCUGUAAAUUCAGCUCAACUGUUAAAGUCUGUCUUUGUAAAGAAUGUUGGCUGGGCUUCUCAGGUGAGCUGGUAAUCAACAGCCAAGCAGAAAAUUCAGUCUCUUGUGUAAAGGAAGAUGAGCUGUAAUGCAGCAGUUGUUAUACUUCUACUGAAAAGGAACUGAUAGUAUAAUUGAUGAUGCAUGGAAUCAGCUCUGUUCCCUAUUGAGUUUUUUUAAAAUUUGUUUUACUUAUUUGCCUCAAAAUCUGUUGCAGAUCAGGAAGUAGUUAAUGGUAGAAUACAAAGCUUUGUAUCUAGUUACUUUCUGCACUUUUAACUGGAAUAUGUUCUCCUUGUACAAAUUGUCAGAACCUGCAUAAGAAUGUGCUGAAGUUACACAAAAUACUAACUAGGUUGCACAAAAUGGGCAAAAUUGGGAUUGUCUAUCUUGCAUGACAAAACACAGUGGAUUGUAUCCAAAUUCUACUUCUGGAAGAACAAGUCUUCUGAAGGAAGUGAACCUUCAGGUGCAACUUAGCAUGGCUGUGCUGUGUCAAUCCAAGCAAAAUAAAGCUGCUUGACUAGAAAGAUAAAGCACUGGGAAAGAGUUCAUUGCUGUAUUUCAGUGCAAACUAAUUCUACAAUAUUUUUCCCUAUUAGCUGACUAGUGGAGCAGUAUGGGUUCAGUUUAAUGAUGGAUCCCAGUUGGUAGCUCAAGCUGGCGUUUCCUCCAUCACAUAUACAUCUCCAGCUGGUGACACAGUGAGGUGAGUGUCAGUUUUGAUACUGAUAGCACAUUUCUGAUUAUUUCAGUUACUUUUCCAACAUUUUGUAUUGGUACUGUAACUUAGAAGUUGUAUGACCUUGAAGUACCAUUCCUUGUAUGUCAUACAUAAUAGCAUUUGCUGCUGCUGUAGAUGUUGUACUACUGUGUAUUGGUAACUCUCACUCUAGCCUAAGUUAAUAAUUGGUGGGAGUAACAAAGAUAUAUACAAAAGAGAAAACUAGAUGCACUAUAUGUAGUAAAAGUAGAAUAUCCUAACUGUACAAAUGUUUAUCUGCUAAUUUUCCUAUCCCUCUACCCGUUUUCCCUUCUUGUAUUGUGUUUUUUAAAUCUACCCACAGGCUUAUAGUGGGUACCUAUAGUCUUUUUUUAAAUCUUUGUACAGCACUGAAAAUACUUUUUCAGACAGUCUACAUGCCUGUCAACUGAACACAAGGCUGUUGCCUGCACUGAUUGUUCUGAUUUAGCCUGGGAGGAAGUCCAAGGGGGCAAUUUAAGUAGAUUGACCUUUGUUUGCAAUCUGAGAUAUUGAGUGGGUGGGGGUCCACUUCAACCUCACUUGCAGUAUUACAGUAUUACAGUAACCCUCCUAUGAAAUCUACUGUUAACAGCUACUUUUUCUCAGCACAGCCCUCCAGCCUGAACUGCACUGCUUUUUCAGCUCAAUCUGCAAUAUGGGGUUAAAAGCAAUAGGUAAAAUUGAAUGGUUGUACUUACAGCUUCAGCCCAAUGCCCAAUAUGUAGUGGGGUCUAAUACUGCCGGGAAACACUGUAGAGUUGUAUACCUCGCAGAGACUGAGCUACACUUCCGGGCUGUCAAAAGUCACCAUCUUCCAGGAGGCAGUAUGAGGACAAUGAACUUCAUUUGCUUUGAAAUUUGCAUAUUAAAUAAGAACUGAAUUAAGCCAUUAGGUUUGGAUCUGGUGAUAUAAGUUAUCCUGGAAUAACAGCCCCUCAAGUUGGAAUAUCUGGUUUAUAUACUGAAGGAGUGAAUUUGGAAUUAACAAAGCCUUUUAACUUCUUAAGCAUGGCUUUAAAAGGAGCAAUUGUAUACAAGCAAUGGACCAAAACGUUAACUUGCUGAAAUUGGUACUGGGUUUAUUUUAUAUGUGUGCUAUUAAAUCUACUCAUCUAAAUAUUUUGCUGCUUCCUAGGUAUGGAGAGAAUGAAAAAUUGCCAGAGUACAUCAAAGAGAAGUUGCAUUGUUUAUCAUCCAUUCUGGUAAUGUUUACCAAUCCAGCUGGUCCGCACUGACAAACUUGGAACAUGAAGGCUAAUAACUUGGUGGUGAUGAAAUUACCUAAUGUGGUGGCAUGAAGCAGAGCUUCUUCAAUGAACUCGGACCUUCCUGACUGGUUAAAGCAUAUGACCAUAAGAGUUGCUGUGUUCUGCUUAGCUAAGCACUUGUAAAGCUUUUUAAAGUAUGACCAAUCAAGGCCAAAUUACUUGCAUUUUUAUAUAAUGGAUUAUAGAAACUGCUGUGACCACUGGUGCUUGUUACUUUCCAUGAAGGGAGUCUGAACUCUGUAUGUGUGUUUGUGUGUUAUUCUCUACUGUUCUUAUAACUCUGGCAUCAAAGCACAUCUCUGCAGUUACAGUAUUUGUGCCUGUAAAUACUUUGUAUUUUAUGUUACUUUCAGCUGAUAUGUAAAGUGUAUUGUUUUAUAAUUUUUAUAUUUUUCUAACUGUUUUUCUAAUGAUAUAACCCUGCAAAGAACCUUUAAAAAAUAAAUGCAGUGGUAACUGUUC